CGAAAGAAAAAAAACGCAGCCACGCUUUGCCUCGCGGCGCUCCGCCCCGCCCAACCCACCUCCAGCCACGCCCCGCGCGCCGCCGGCCGACUCCUGCCUCCCAAUCCCAUCUCCUCCCCACCCGGGGCUUUCUUCACCGUUCAUAGCUCCCCUCCACUGACUGGUCGCGACCUCGCUGGAGGCACAGGAUGGGAGGGUGCGGCGCUGGCAUCCGGCUCACGGAGAUCGAGCGGACCGAUCUGCGCGCCGGCGACCUCGCGGGAGGCAGAGGAUGGGAUGGCGUGCUGCGCUCAAGACGAGCGGUCUCGAGUAAGGGUAUCAGAGGUUGGCGCCGGCGGGCUCGUGGACGGGGAUGGAGAGGGCAGGUGCCAAUCCGCCGUGACAAGAAAGCUGUUGCGGCGCCGGCCGGCCAGCUCCAUCUCCACGAUUCCAUGGACGGCGGUGGUGUCGUCGCGGGGCGGCCUGCCGGGAGAGCGAGUGGCUGCGCGCAUACGCUGUGGAGAUGAUGCCACGGGUGGAGGCGCUCGCCGCCGGCCGCGCGCGGCUGGAGGCCGUCAACGCACUGCAGCACGAGUCCUGGCCCCUAGGAGGCCCGCGACGUUCGCCUCCAGUGGCGCCUCCUCAAGAUGUCAGGCGGAUGAGAACUGGAGGAUGUGGGAGGCAACGUGCAUGGCCCUACUGCGCUCCGACGAUGACCGGAUGUUCCCCGGGAGGUCGCUUCUGGCAUGUUCCGCAAGUUCAAAACAAAGAACAUCUCUAUUUGCACAGCCCUUCAGGGGAACAAAUGGAUUUCUGCACUCCGUCAGGCCAAGAUGUCGUCUCCUGGUGUUGGACAACAGAUGGAAUGUAUAUGACGCACUCAACCUACAAGGCAAUGUUCUGGGGCUCUUACUCGAGCACUUGCUCUCAAACUUUCUGGAAGGCUUUGGCUGAAAACAAAGUAAAAAAAUGUAACGCCCUCGAUGCGGCUAUAUCUCCCACGUGUCGAAGCACGACUUAGAGGCAUAACCGCAUUGAAAGCAAUGUCGCAAGUGAGGUAAUCUUCACACAACCCAUGUAAUACAU